UUCCCCCGGCCACCUCUCUCCUGGAGGAGGGCGCUCUCAGCUCACUUCUCAGCCUUGUUCCGGCGUGGUUGAGUUCUGGUCUGCAACCUCAUCCAACCCCCUGUCACUCCGUCCCACGUUACAUCCGACCCGAUCACACUGUGAGCGUCACACCUUUGCACAUCCAGAGCCCACGAUGGAGUACUCGAUCCGCGCGGCCAACGUGGAGGACUGCAAAGACAUCGCGCGGAUGAUCACGGAACUGGCUGAAUAUGAGAAAGUUUCAGAGCACGUGAAAGUCACACAGAAAGAUUUGGAGCAGGACGGAUUCUCUAAGAACCCGUUCUUCCACGGGAUCAUCGCUGAGGUGCCAGAACAACACAAAACCAAAGAAGGCCAUACGAAGAUAGGCUAUGCACUUUACUUCUAUUCCUACAGCUCCUGGAAGGGCAGAGCCAUUUAUAUGGAGGACUUGUACGUGAUGCCUGAGUUCAGAGGGAAGGGAAUUGGUAAAGCACUUAUGAGCAAGGUAGCACAGCUGGGCCUGGCUGCCGGCUGCAACCAGCUCAACUUCACCGUCCUGGACUGGAACAAAUCAUCUCUGGACUUUUACCUCAACCAGGGCUGCUUCGAUGUCACGGCUGACAUGGGCUACCAUUGCAUGCGCUGCGAGGGGGAAGCGCUGCAGCACCUUGCCCAACCCUGACCGGACAAUGGGCUCGUGACGGCCUGACCCACCAUGAGUGCAGGGAUUGAGCACCACUCAACGGCCCCGUUCCAAAACUUGACAGCGACAAUCAUGAAGCCAGUUUCUCAAAAAAAGCAGAUAAUUUAAAUAAUUGACUGUCUGUUAAGCCCCGACCUCUGAGUUACUAUCACCGUACCUAUAAGUUGUCCAUGCUAGCACGGCACAUAUACAGUUUACAAUAAUCACAGUGGUGGAUUUACCAAGCGAAACUCUUGGUAAUGCUUCAGACAAUGGGUAUUUAGUUGCACAAAGAAAAAGAAAAGACGACUACAGGCUUUUUAUUAGCAGUUAGCUGUCAAUAACGGCUACAUACAUGAUUUAAUACUUUAAAAAAACGAGCUACAUGUUUCAGCAUCUUUUAUAAUCAUGUAGAAGACACGGAAACAAGGCGGAACUUGUUUUGUCUUGCACGCACAAAGCUGGUUGUGUCCUCGUGCUAACGUAACACGUUAUGCAGCUUACAGGGAUAACAGUAACAACGGGUAUUUAAAUUGCACUUUCUUAUUUUAUAGCGGGUUUUGUUGGCUGAAAAGGCAACAUUUCGAGUACUACAUAUGUGACUUAAUGCUUAAAAAAACUGAGAAGCCGCCUGUGGUAUUGUACUGUAGUAUUGUUAUAUAAUUACAAAUUAGAUUCGAAGCUUAAUUGGCCUCACAAAAACCCGUGUUGUGUUUUAUUACAUUUUCAAACAGCAUUUUCCACUUUCACAAGCUAAAAGGUCUCGAGGAUGAAGACUACGCUGGUGUAUAACAAACACAAAGUUAUCCCGGAUAAUGAAUUGGCCGGAGUUGCUGGAGUCGAAACGUUCCCAAAUCCAAUAAUGAGCGGGACAGAACUGCUAACGCCAGCCUAAAAUCUGAUGUAGCGGCAUUUUGGCUUCAGCUCAGCCAACUUCAUUUGUAAUUCCACAAUAUAAUGCUUUUAGCUAAUUAGAUGUUUGGGGUUUUUUUUGCCUUUGAAAGUAAUUCUCAUUUACUACAUUUUCUACCACAGACACCACUUCAACAUGUACCUGCUGUGCCUUGUUAUGAUUGGAAAAGGGGUUUAACAAAGAGUCAAAUAUUUAGAGUCGAGGAUGCAGUUUUAAGUAUUGGAAUGGGGCCUAUGCAAUAUAUUUAAAUAGUACAUAGCCGAGGCACUGAAAUCUGUGUUUUGUGUGUUUCCCUUGUGAAUUGUUAUGACCCAGAGCACCUUUAGAUUUUGGUGUUAAAUGGAUCAUAUAACCUAACCUCUCUGCUUAAAAUCUGUUUUUUUAUUUAUAUGGGGAUGAGAAAGGUCUAAUAGGAGUGUGUGUGUGUGUGUGUGUGUUAGUGUUGUGGCGAGUAAGGAAAGUCUGAGCAUACGAUAUAACCAUUCAUCAUCUAGAAAUGAAGUCAUUUCUUUGCACAAAAAUCCUUAAGCAUUGCAAAUCCGAGCUGUGUGUUUUCAUUGUGCGACUGUUGGAGUUUUUGGUAUGUUAUCCCUUUAAAUCUACGGUACUAUAAACUAUGACGACAAAAACCAAAAAAAAAAAGAAAAAAGUUGGUCACCUCUCUUCCCUCGUCUUCCAGGUGAGGAGUACUGUAAAGCUGUUGUGCAAGCACAAUGUUGGUGUUUAGACUGUUUUAUUCCUUCUAAGCUAUGCGUGUAUUAAGUUGCUGUAACAAUUGUGAAGUAGAUGAAUCAGCUGGUCUCAAACUACUUCGGUGCAGCCAAAAAACAAACUCUUGCGGAUGGUUUGAAAGAACUGGCUGAAGCCUUGAAUCAGACAAAAUCAAUCCAUCUGUUGAGAUUUAAAAAGAAAAGAAAAAACUAAAAGUCUUGGACCGGGCUCAGUUUGUGUCUUUGAACCUGUCCUGCUAAAACGAAAUGGGCAUAAUUCUGGUCUGCACUCCUGUUUCAUAUCCAGUCUACUCUAAAAAGAAAGGAGAGCUUUUCAUAUCAUUUCCAACAACUUAAUGAAAACAGUCUGAGUUGUGGGUUAUAUUUAGUUUGUUUUCUCUCAAUCUAAACAAGUAAGAACUGCUGACCUUCCUUUUGUAGCUUUUAGAUUUUGCAUUUCUUUUCAUACUCUGUACAAAAUCACUGAGUAAAGAAUGUGCCGUUUUUUUUUUGUUUUUCAUCUUUGGAGACAUUGGUGUUGUGAAAUAUUUAUGUAUGUUUGCUUCAAUGUGCAGAAAAAUCUGCAGACUUACAGAUGUAAAAUAUGCUGCUGACGUGCUAUCACAGAGCCCCCAGCCCCAGAAAAAAAAUCAACGUAGAGUCCAGGAGAAUAUGAAAAGAUAUUUAUAACCUCCCUUGUCUGCAACUACCCAUCAGAAGUCCAGACUCAGAGCUAUAAAUCAUACGAAUUAUUACUUUUUUCCCAGCAUGGAUCCUUCAAACAAUUUCAACAUCCAAUCAAAGCUCAAACCUGAUUCUCGUCAAAGCUUUGCAAUAAAUUUCAAGAGUAACUUUGCAUAUGAAAGACAAAAAAAAGAUUAAUGUUAUUCAGAUUUCAGUGUUCAGGAUGUGUAUUUAUUACACGGUAUAACUCUUAAUUAGAUUAGACAUGUCGCUGAUGUAGAUAAGUCAUGUUGAGUUGUCAGAAAAGGGCCUAAGUGUGUCACCAAGUGAUCUAUUCACAUGACGAGAUGUCUCCAAUGUGUUCAGUGCACCAUGAUCACCAUGAUCUAUCUCUAGACUCCAUCCACUGGGUUUUCAAAGGGCUUCAGCAACGAUCAAAUAAAUUCCCUUCGACCCACAAGGGAGCAUGAAAUUCCUCAAUUCAGACAUGAAGCUCACCAAAAAUGGCUUCGUAGGUUGUUCACAUGACCCGUGAAAUGUUUGAUGCUGUGAUUUCACCACCUUCCACAGUUUAGUGUCAUCCGCUGUGCCAGAAAUCCUGAGAAAAUAUCCAAAGCCACGUCACCCGUACACUAGAACCUGCACGAGAGUCAGAUGUUGGUUUCAUUAAAGUAUUUUAGGCUUCCUGCCGUUGCCCAUUCUUGCAAGUGUGUAGGUGCAGUGAGUGUGUUUUUCUGUUAACUACGAGUUUGUCCAGUUGACACUGAGGAAUAAAGUAGACUGUAGUUAAUAA